GAAUUUCAUUCAUACGUAGUCGUGAAGCUGCAAAAUGUGAAGUCGACGACUGUUGCCGUGAAAGGGAAUCAACCAUGUUGGGAGCAAGAAUUCAUUUUCGAGACAAACCGUCUCGACAACGGUAUGAUGCUGGAGCUUUGGAACAAGGGUGUACUAUGGGACAAGUUGAUUGGUGUACAUUAUAUGCCGUUGACUUCAGUGCAAUACAGCAAUGAGACAGGCGCUGGGAAAUGGCUUCAAAUAGAUCAGGAACUCGAGACAAGGAACGGUCAAACCAUUGGUACAAGUCGACCGACUGGUCACUCGUUACUCGUCGACGUGCGAUUCGAGUUACCGUUCGAUGCUCAAGGCUCAGACGCUGAAGAAUUACAAGCGAAACUGCAGGCGUUAAACAAGCUCAUUGAAGUUAAUGUAAGUCGUAUGUGUCAUUCGCUGUUAACGUCACCAGACUGCAUUCAUUCCUAG